CUGCAACUGAAGCAACUGGCUAAACAGCAAGAGACAAUAUAGCCAACACUCCAUCACCAACUCUUACCGUACUCACUCAUUACUCUUAUACCUCUACAAACUCUGCCUUCGGCUACCUUUCGUCCCUUCGACUUUCCGCGUCGCUUCCUCCCCGGCUCCCUACACAUACCCAUCUCGCAUCUCGCCCGUCACCAUGCCUGGCUUCGAUUUCUCCAACCAUAACCGCAAUACCGCGUUGCACGCCCAAGGCGUCCCUCUCCCCAAAGCCACUUCCACUGGUACCACCAUCGUAGGAUGUCUCUUCGAUGGCGGAGUCGUCAUCGCCGCCGACACGCGAGCCACCAGCGGUCCCAUCGUCGCGGACAAGAACUGCGAAAAGCUCCACUACAUCUCCCCGCAGAUCUGGUGCGCCGGCGCCGGCACCGCCGCCGACACCGAAUUCACCACCGCGCUCAUCUCCUCCAACCUCGAGCUGCACGGACUCUUCACCGGCCGCAAACCGCGCGUCGUCACCUGCAUGACCCUGCUGAAGCAGCACCUCUUCCGCUACCAGGGCCACAUCGGCGCGUAUCUCGUCGUCGCCGGCGUCGACCCCACGGGGCCGCACCUCUUCACCGUGCACGCGCACGGCUCCACAGACAAGCUGCCGUACGUGACGAUGGGGUCGGGGUCGUUGGCGGCCAUGUCGGUGUUUGAGACGAAGUGGGAGAAGGUGAUGACGCGGGAGGCGGCGGUGAAGCUGUGUGCGGACGCGAUCGAGGCGGGAAUCUGGAAUGAUUUGGGGAGUGGAAGUAAUGUGGAUGUGUGCGUGAUCACAGAGGAGAAGACGACGUUGAUGCGGAACUUCCGGACGCCGAAUCAGCGGGCGCAGAAGCAGAGGGACUACAAGUUUGCUCAGGGCACGACCGCGGUGUUGAAGGAGAAGGUGAUCACGCGAGACGACAUCUCAAAGUACGUGACGGUCCACGAGCUGGGCGACGAUCAACCGGCCGGAACCGCUGAGAAAAUGGAUGUCGAUUCAUGAGCCAUCAACGUGUAGAUUUAAUGCACGCUUGUACAUCAUUUAAUGGUUAGGCCGGACAUACACGGAGUUCCAUCGGGUCAUUGGGCGCAUCAAUCGAACUUUCUAUAAUUGACCGGCGCUGGCUGGAGUAUCUUGAUCCCAUCGCUUUUGUUUGGAAAUGCUUCCAACCAUGCUUAACCUACUCCCAAAUACGCCAGCCUUUGUGUAAAACAACAGACCGUACCAUCGUUAUCCACCACCGGGUAACUCCAUGUUGCCAGAUACCUACUGGUUUGUCAUUGCAGACCCACUUCAUUU